AUGUUCGGUCAGCCAUGGGCAUGGAAACCCCUGCAGGAUAUCCUUCAGGCAUAUCUCGAGAUGAUCGAGGAAAAAAAAGUGCAAGCGUCCACAGACGAGGCGUACGAAGAAGAUAUAAAACCUCGACUCUUUCCAUGGCGGUAUCAUCAAUACACACACCGAGACGUUGUAAAAGCAACCCAGGCGUUGACUCGUCUGCUUGAUGCAGUUGAGCAGAAACUUCCUCAACCAAGAGAGACAGAAUAUCCCGCAUCCACAAGAGAUGUAGACAUCCAACUACCAUACUCACAGGCUAUCCUUGAUGAAGCUACAAUCCCAGCUAAUACUUUUAUUCGUGAUUUCCUCUCGGAGCUACCUCCUCGAACUUUGCGAUUCCGUUACAUCGCCCCGGGAAUCAUUUUACAGUCACCCGCGGAGUUCGCAACUCAGCCGUGGAAAGAGCCACUCGGUCGCGAAUAUGGUGGUCACAGUGUACCAUUUCUUUUGUUUCGAGGAGAUCAAUGGAUUUCUUUGCGCUGCAAGCCGCGUUACUAUCCGGACCCGGAGGACAGUCUUCAGGGAGUGCCCACAGGCUUAUAUAUUUGUCCAACCGGCAUUGAGUCACCUGCUACUUUUGGAAAUUCCUGUAGACUACUUCUGCCCUUCAACAUCGGUGCUCGCCAUCACGCGCGGUAUAGCAACGGCGAACAACUACAGGAAGAGACUCCGUGGGAUGAGACUCCGAAAGACACGGCGCAUGAGCUUUACCAACCGGGUUCACACAGUGGCUUUCUGGAGAGGCAUGAAGUACAAAUUCAUAAAAUCUUGCUGAACUGGGCGGAGAGAGUGGAGGCGGGUGAUUGGGAAGUAAAUACAGACGGGGUCGCUGGUGGUAUCGAAAAAUUUGAAGAAGCUGAUACUCUGGAAUCUUGGAGGAAGUAUCAGAUUCCGCUGGCCUGGUGA